AUGCACAGGAAGUUGAGCGCGAUUGAGACCUCUCCGUAAUGCAAGUUCUGUGCACUACAUGCACUGCACUGAACUAUGAUUUGCAAUACGAUUUGAAGUUUUAAACCUUCUCGAUAUCUACAACUACAAGUACUUGGAAAGAUGGGCUGCAUGUGUACACUAAGGCUGCAUUUAUUUACGGGUUCCUGACUCUUUUCCACUUCGUGUUUGUGUGAUAAAUGCUGCAGAUAGAUCUAGAUCUAUUUAUUAGAGGCUACGCCUACGGUAACCGGUAGCAGAGCGUAGCGUAGCACACAUAUAACCUGUAUUAACAGCAUACCGUAUGCGAACCGGUAGUCUACAACAAGAUGACAGCGGCAAAUAUACCGGUGCCUGUGCUGGAGCGGAUAUUUUCAUAUUUGGAUUUAGCGGAAUUACUUUGCUGUUCACUUGUUUGUAAGGGUUGGUACGAUUGUCUUUACGAUGAAAAUAGCCCCGUCUGGAAAGUGCAAUGCCUACGCAAAUUAGCAAAAGACGCUGUCAAUGGUAAACUUCUGCAGCAUCUCCCUUCAUACAAGUCGAGACUGCGGUCGUUCCACCAUGCAUUCAACCCUAAUGACUGCUCCCGUAACAUUUACAUCCGACCAAACGGGUUUACACUGCACAGAAACCCUGUCGCACAGAGCACGGAUGGAGCAAGGGGGAAGAAGGGCUUCAACGAAGGGAGGCAUGCUUGGGAAGUAUGGUGGGAAGGGCCUUUAGGAACUGUAGCCGUUGUUGGUAUAGCCACCAGACAUGCUUCAAUGCAGUGCCAAGGAUAUGUAGCCCUUCUUGGCAACAAUGACCAGAGCUGGGGAUGGAACUUGGUAGAUAAUCUUCUUAUUCACAAUGGGGACCAUCAAGGCAACUUUCCAAAUUGCAAUAAUGCUCCCAAGUAUGAGGUUAGUAUUUUACUGCAUCAAUAUAUUAUUAUCCAGAGCAGAGGGGUAGGUAGGGAGGUGGAUCUUACAAUCAUUUGUUGAUGUUGUGUAGACUAGACCCUAGUCAUCUCUAAAUUAGUAAAGAAAGGCUGAUUCUCAAUUCUGGUGGAACCAACAUUGAUGGAUUAAAGUAAAGUAAAGUAAAGUACAGUAAUAAUAAUUUACUUUCAGUUUCAAGAAAAUUAUGAGAAAAACAGAUACAAAAAGAAAAAAAAAGAGCAGAAUUUGGUGAAACUUGUGAAAAAGAUGCAAAUUUGAAGUAGAUCACAAGCCAUUCAUGCUUUCAGCAUCAGCAUCAGUGAACGGAACUGAGAGAGGUGAUCCUGUUCAAACUUCCGGUCGUUUCAUCAAGUGGUGCUUGAUUUUACCCUGAACUAUUAAAAUUCAAUUUCACUUUUUUAAUAAAUCAGACGGUUUCAGAACCUUUAGUAAUUUACAGAAGUUCUGGUGUCUGAUUUUUCUUCCUUACUUAGACGGUAGACUAUAUUUUUGAUUUUUGAGGAAAAAAGAAGCAAAUUAUUAUCCUUGUGUACCUUGUGUUGCCUACAUUGGAAAUAUUUAGACGAGUGUGUGUUGAAUUUUGAGAAGUUUUCAAAAUAAGAUUAAGACCUUUGGAUUAUCAGGAUGCGAUGUUACCCGUAUUCAUUUAUUGCAUUUGAAAAAGGACAUGUACAGGUAUAACAUAAAUUCCUUUUUUUCCUUUUAGAUUUGAUUGUCUUACAAUGAGUCUUUAACUGAGACUCGCAGACCUGGCUAAAUGCCUUUGACAUGUUCGGUACAAUUGUACAUGACCAUGUACAUGUCUUGCCUACUCUUAAAAGUUUCUUAAAAAUUACCUAAGUGGUCAGCUGGAAAUUACUCACAUUAUAAAGGUACACCUGUAAUUGUCUGAACAUACAUGUAUGUGUGAGGCUUUGUCUAUUUUGGCCAAAGUUGACAUGGAUGAUUAAAUGGAUUACCUUGA